GGAGCGACCGCCCACCCUGGCUCUCGUGGCGGGGGCUCCUGGGGCCCCACGCAGGGCGCCGAGGUCGGACUGACCCCUCCCCCAUUCACUGAGGGAACAGGCCCCGCCACAAGGGAGGCAGCAGGAGGGGCCCUCACGCACCGGCCGCUCCUCUUCGCGCGCGAACAUCCAGGCGCACGCGCCGAACCACCCGUCAAUCACGGGCAGAUUCACCACGCCUGACGCAGCCGUCGGACCCAACAAUGCGCAUGCGCAUCAACUCAGUUGCUCCGCCCUGUGGGUCAAAGGUCACGCCUGAGGAAGUGUUCAGACUAUCCUCUCGGAACCCAAUUUUACACCGCGAUCCAGCCGAAACAGCGCACGGUCAUGGGAGUAACCCCCGGCUAGACUCGGUUGCCCAAACAAUAUAUGGCCGCCUCCCUGGAGCAGUGCGGAAACGUCCGUUGGGAGCGUACCAACUUCCGGCACGUGCCGCGUGUGUAGGAGGUGUAAAAGUUUUCCUCUCACUUUAAAGACAUGGACAGUUUUGUUGAACAACUGAAAAGGGGGACAGAGGAAGAGUUUACAGAAGAGUCUGCGUGGGAUGGGUCUGUGGUAAACACCACAAGCAGUUCACUUCCAACUGUCUAUUUACCUUUACUCCCACGGUACCUUUGGCAUCCAACAACCAGAGGUCGAAAGGCAACAGAAUUUCAGGAGACUAAGAAAGCUUGUUUAAAUUACAUUCAGGAUGCCCUGCUACAACACCAGUGGCAGAGGGCUGCAGAAUUCAUGACUAACUAUUUGGAGACAUUAGAGAGUACUUCUGCUGAAAAACGGAUGGCUGCCCCAGAGGUGAUUUGGAGAAUAGGAACUGAAAUUUUGUGCCAUCAUCCCAAGAGCAGCAUUGAAGAGUUCAACUAUUUUGCUGAGCGGAUGAAAAAUCUAGGAGUAAAAAGGUAUUUAAAGGUUUGUUUAGAGCAUGUCUUUCACCUCCUGUGUAAUGGACUGAUAGAUGAUGCAUACCAAAACCUGUCCCUGGCAGAAGGCUGGAGGUAUGGAGAACAAACAGUUGCUCAGGAUAAAGAAUUGAAACUCAUUCAAGCUUACAAGGGACUGCUGGACUACUAUAACUGGGCCAAAAAAAGAAAAGCCAUGUUGGAGCUUGAUGGUAAUUUUGCAGACUCUGUUGAACAGGAAAUGCACAGUUUCUUUCGACAGGCAGCAGUGAAUCUCAAGGAGAUAAUUAAAAUACCUGGAGUUUGGGACCCUUUUGUGAAGUGCUAUGUGGACCUAUUGGAAUUCUAUGAGGAUUAUGAUGAAGUCCGGCAGGUGUUAAGCGAGUAUGCUUACAAUUCGAAGUUUCCUCCCAAUCCCAAUGCUCAUGUUUAUUACUAUCAGUUCCUAAAGAGACAGGGUGAAUCAAAGAAGACACUGAAGUCUGUGCUCAAGAUUUUGCACGAGAUUGUUCCCUCUCAUGAAUUAAUGUUAGAAUAUAAUGCCAUGCUUCAAAAAUCAAAAAAAAGAAAAAAUCACAGACUAGGGCUGGAGAUUAUUUUCACACUCCUGGAUUUUGCUGGGUGGAAGGAGCAUAUAAAAGCUUGGAGCUGUUUAGCAAAACAGAUUAAACAGAUCCUGGAGAACUCUAGCAAGCAUCUUGACUGGGUCACGGAGGAGUGGAACUCCAGAAAGGACUGGUGGCCAGCCUUCCACUUUAGCCACUACUUGGCGAAAAGAAAUUGGCAGGAAAAUGAAAGUCUUGCUUGUGAAAAAGCAUUGGUGGCUGGAAUCUUGUUGGGAAAAGGACCCCAAGGAAGCUCGGCCUGUGUUGGGUGUGGUUUGCCUGGAAACUGUCUUCAGGGGCAUGGUUGUUUAGUUGGAUGGCUGACUCUCAUAACAGAACAGAUCUGCAGUGACCACUAGGAUAUCAGUAAGGUCUCCAGUAUAGAAUAAUGUGUAUGCUUGAGAGAUACCAUCAUGUCAUUAUUCAAACAAACUUCUUAGUGCUUGAAAAUAAGCUGUGCAUUUAGUGCUUUCCUGCUUAAUGUUGUAUGUCCAAACUUGCAUAUAAGGAGAAUGAUUUGAUUUAUAAGCCUUGACGCUGGAGUAUAGUAGUCCUCUGUCAAUUGAGCCGAGUCAAGCAGAGCUAUGUGAGGUGGGUAGCUUGAUGGCAGUUCAUGGGGCACACAUGGGAGAAGGGGAAUUGAAACAGGGAGGAUGGAGAAGUGGAAUGGAGUGGAGCUGUGUUUGGGUGAAUCACUUGUGGCUCAUCAGAGCACAGCUCUGAUUUGCUUCACUAGCCCUAGGUUCUUCCAGUUCAAGUCCCACUUCUCCCCAUCGUCCCCACAAAUAGGCCUGUAUUCAAGAGGCGCAGAGUCCUUGUGGCUGUGAGGAGCUGCAGACAGCAUAAGCUCUUAAUCAGACUUCCAGGUAAAAAUCCAUGCUGUCAGGAAGGGGGAUGACUGUAGUGGAAAUGGCUGGUGCCUUGCUCCUGCAGAGCACUCUCACCCUGGAACUCUGGCAGAGGACCUUCUGUGGAUUCCCAAGGAGGGCUGCACAAUGCCAAGGAGGCAGCACUGCACCUUCUUCCUUGCCCCCCAGAGUGCGACCUGUCUGAGUAAGGUCCCUCCUGCCCAUAAUAGUAGAGUAGAUGAUUGAGGCAUUAGUUUGAAGUUUGUGAAGUAGCUAGGAUUUUCCAGCGAAAGGCAAUGUCAUUCAUCCUUUAAUGGGUCAGCUUUUCCAUUACUAACACCUUCCAGACUUAUUUUUAAUAUCAGGAGCCCACUUUUACAUCCAACAAGCGGCCACUGAACACUUGGCUGUUACCAGUAAGUGGGCAGUUAACUAAUUUAGUUCCAGAUGUAGGAUGACUUUCUUGAAGCCCUUUAAGCUAAGGAAGCAAUAUGCACAUAUUGAAGAGAGAAUAGGGCACAUUAGUUUUACUAAAUAUUUGGACUUGUGUAUAUAUACUUACUUUCUGGGGGUAAAUAAACUUUUUUUGCACUCUUAAGUCUUAAUAUAUCUGAAGGGUAUUACAAAAUUAGACUUGCCAGAAAAACCCAAUGAAAUGUACAAUUACCUACACCUACCUUAUCACUGUCUUUGAGGACGUGUGGGAGACUUUCUUGGUCUAAAUAUUAUAACUGCUUAUUUGGUAAUGGUGCAUGCACAUCUUAUACCAGUGAUUUCUAUUAUAGAAACUUUUAUUUUAAGGGAACAUUUGUGCUCAGGGAAAUGCCUCUUGUGUAAAUUAAAAGCAUUUUGUGUUCUUCA